AUGGGUCCGGGAGGUAUCUAUGGGUCUCUGACUGCCCCCCUGCCCCCCAGGAUCCGGUUCCUGCUGGGGGGCCGCCACGGCGAGUUCCGCUUCGUGCCGCCCCCCGGCUACGCCCCGUGCGCGGAGGCGCUGCUGCCCCGGGAGCGGCUGCGCCUGGAGCCGCUGACCUGUUACCGGGGCGGGGCCGCGCCCCCGGGAGCGCGCAGCCUGCGGGGCCCCACCCGAGCCCUGCCCCACACCGCCUUCACCCCCUGCCCCGUGGACACCGCCCAGAUCGUGCUGCCCCCGCACCUGGAGCGGAUCCGGGAGAAGUUGGCAGAAAACAUCCACGAGCUCUGGGCCCUGACCCGCAUCGAGCAGGGCUGGACCUACGGGCCCGUGCGGGAUGACGUGCAGCACCUGCACCCCUGCCUGCUGAGCUUCCAGAACCUGCCCGAGCCCGAGCGCGGCUACAACCUGCAGAUGUCGGGGGAGACCCUCAAGACGCUCCUGGCCCUCGGCUGCCACGUGGGAAUGGCCGACGAAAAAGCCGAAGAGAACCUGAAAAAAAUCAAACUGCCAAAAUCGUACACCAUGUCCAACGGGUACAAGCCGGCGCCGCUGGACCUGGCGCACGUGCGGCUGACGCCGGCGCAGCUGACGCUGGUCGAUCGCCUGGCCGAGAACGGGCACAACGUGUGGGCUCGGGACAGGGUCCAGCAGGGCUGGACCUACAGCACCACCCAGGACAUCAAGAACAAGCGGAACCCCCGCCUGGUCCCCUACAACCUGCUGGACGAGGCCACCAAGGCCACCAACCGCGAGAGCCUGUGCCAGGCGGUGAGAACCCUGCUGGGCUACGGCUACAACAUCGAGCCCCCGGACCAGGACAGCCCCUCCCAGGCCUCCCCCCCCGGGGGUCCCCGCGCCCCCCGCCCGCGCCUGUUCCGCGCCGAGCGCGGCUCCGCCGUCCGCUCGGGCCGUUGGUACUUCGAGUUCACGGCCGUGACCCCCGGGGAGAUGAGGGUGGGCUGGGCCCGGCCGGGGCUGAGCCCCGACACCGAGCUGGGGGCGGACGAGAUGGCGUUCGUCUUCAACGGGCACAGGGCCCAGCGCUGGCACGUGGGCAGCGAGCCCUUUGGCCGCCCCUGGCAAGCUGGGGACGUGGUCGGUUGCCUCAUCGACCUGGGCGAGUGUCACAUGAGCUUCACCCUCAACGGGGAGGCCCUGAUUGGGUCUGGGGGCUCCGAGGUGGCCUUCAGGGACUUCGAGGUGGCCGACGGCUUUGUCCCCGUGUGCAGCCUGGGCCUGGACCAGGAGGGGCACCUGAACCUGGGCCAGGACGUGGCCACCCUGCGCUACUUCGGCAUCUGCGGGCUGCAGGAGGGCUACGAGCCCUUCGCCAUCAACAUGAAACGGCCGAUCGCGCUCUGGUUCAGCCACAGCCUGCCCCAGUUCGUACCAGUGCCCCCAGACCAUCCCCAGUUAGAGGUGACCCGCGUGGACGGCACCGUGGACUCCCCGCCGUGUCUCCGCCUGUGCCACCGCCCCCCGGGCACCCCCGCCCCUCCCCCGGCGCUGCAGUUCCUGCGGCUCAGCCUGCCCGUGCAGUUCCACGCCGCCUUCCGCUGCACCCCCGGCGCCACCCCCCUGCCCCCCCCGGAGCCCCCCGAGGAGCCCCCCGAGCCCCUCUCGGAGUUCGAGAGGCUGAGGAGGCGGGCGGGGGUCCGCUCCGAGGAGGGGGGGGGCGGGGAGGGCGGGGAGGGGGGCGGCGAGAAGGGGGGAGGGGCCAAGGAGCAGAAGGGGGAGGAGGAGAAGGACGCGAGCACCGAGAAGGGCAAGGGGAGGAGGGGGUUCCUGUUCAAGGGCAGGAAAACCCCGUUUGCGCCCCCCCCCGCCCCUCCCCCCGUGCCCAGGCUGGAGGAGGACGUGGUGCCGGACGAGAGGGACGACCCCGAGGUCAUCAUGAACACCACCACGUACUACUAUUCCGUCCGGCUGUUCGCGGGGCAGGAGCCGGGCAGUGCCUGGGUGGGCUGGGUCACCCCCCAUUUCCACCAGCACGACCCCGAGUUCGAGCUGAGCCGCGUGCGCAGCGUCACCGUCACCAUGGGCGACGAGCGCGGCAACGUGCACGACAGCAUCAAACGCAGCGACUGCUACAUGGUGUGGGGGGGGGAGUUCGCCGCCCCCACGCAGCAGGCGAGGGUCACCCACACUGACCUGGUCAUCGGCUGCCUGGUGGACCUGGCCACGGGGCUGAUGACCUUCACUGCCAACGGCAAGGAGAUCAACACCUUCUUCCAGGUGGAGCCCAACACCAAACUGUUCCCGGCGGUUUUCGUGCAGCCCAGCACCCAGAACGUGCUGCAGUUCGAGCUGGGCAAGCUCAAGAACAUCAUGCCGAUCUCGGCCGCCAUGUUCAGCAGCGAGCGGCAGAACCCGGCGCCGCAGUGCCCGCCCCGGCUGCUGAUCCAGCACCUGAGCCCCGUCACCUGGAGCCGCCUGCCGGGGGCGCAGCUGGGCGUGGAGAGCGCGCGGCUGGGCGAGCGCCAGGGCUGGGCCGUGGAGUGCAGCCAGCCCCUGCAGAUGAUGGCGCUGCACAUCCCCGAGGAGGACAGGUGCAUCGACAUCCUGGAGCUGUGGGAGCGGCAGGACCUGCUGCAGUUCCACUGCCACACGCUGCGCCUGUACUGCGCCGUGUGCGCGCUGGGCAACAACCGCGUGGCGCACGCGCUCUGCAGCCACUGCCACCUGAACCCCAGCUCGGUGUACAGCACCAAGAGCGCCCGGGAGCGCGCCCUCCUGGGCCUCCCCCCGCGGGUCGAGGACCUGUGCCCGGACCUGCCGGACCUGGGCCGGCUCCUGGGGGACAUCGGGGGCCUGGCGGCGUCGGGCGCGCGCUACACGGAGAUGCCGCACGUGAUCGAGGUGGCGCUGCCCAUGCUGUGCCACUACCUGCCGCGCUGGUGGGAGCGCGGCCGCGACGCCGCCGCCGCCGCCGGGCCCUGGGCCACCGAGGUGACGGGCCAGCACCUCAACGAGCUGCUGGGCCACAUCCUGCGCAUCGUGGUCAACAACCUGGGCAUCGACGAGGCCUCCUGGAUGAAGCGGCUGGCGGUGUUUGCCCAGCCCAUCGUCAGCAAGGCCCGCCCCGAGCUGCUCCGCUCCCACUUCAUCCCGACGCUGGGGCGGCUGCGGAAGCGCGCGGGGAAGGUGGUGGCCGAGGAGGAGCAGCUGCGGCUCGAGGGCAAAGCCGAGGGCGAGGACGCGGAGCUGCUGAUCCGGGACGAGUUCUCCGUCCUGUGCCGGGACCUGUACGCGCUGUACCCGCUGCUCAUCCGCUACGUGGACAACAGCCGGGCACAGUGGCUCACGGAGCCCAAUGAAGACGCUGAGGAACUUUUCCGCAUGGUGGGCGAGGUUUUCAUCCUCUGGUCCAAAUCCCACAAUUUCAAGCGAGAGGAGCAGAAUUUCGUGGUGCAGAACGAGAUCAACAACAUGUCCUUCCUGACAGCCGACAGCAAGAGCAAGAUGGCCAAGGUGAGAUUUUGGGGGGGCAGUGGCUCGGAGCAGGAGCGCUCCAAGAAGCGCCGCCGCGGUGACCGUUACUCGGUGCACACGUCGCUCAUCGUGGCCACCCUCAAGAAGAUGCUGCCCAUCGGCCUCAACAUGUGCUCGCCCGCUGACCAGGAGCUGAUCGCGCUGGCCAAGGGGCGCUACGCGCUGAAGGACACGGACGAGGAGGUUCGGGAGUUCCUGCACAACAACCUGCACCUGCAGGACAAGGUGGAGAACACGGGCAGUGCCCGCUGGCAGAUGGCCCUGGUGCGCCAGGCCGGGGGGGACGGUGACGCCGCCAGCCCCGAGCAGGUCGUGCGCCGGGUGCAGGAGGUGUCGGCCGUGCUCUAUCACCUGGAGCAGACAGAGCACCCCUACAAGUCCAAGAAGGCCGUGUGGCACAAGCUCCUGUCCAAGCAGCGGCGCCGCGCCGUCGUCGCCUGCUUCAGGAUGACCCCCCUGUACAACCUGCCCAGGCACAGGGCCUGUAACAUGUUCCUGGAGUCGUACCGGCUCUCGUGGCUGGGCCGGGAGCAGCCGCCCUUCGAGGACAGGAUGAUCGACGACCUGUCGAAGUCGGGGCGGGAGGAGGAGGAGGAGGAGGAGGAGGCGGAGGCGCGGCCGGACCCGCUGCACCAGCUGAUCCUGCACUUCAGCCGCACCGCGCUCACCGAGCAGAGCCACCUGGAGCAGGAUCACCUGUACAUGGCCUACGCCGGGAUCAUGGCCAAGAGCUGCCACAUCGAGGAAGGGGAAGAGGAAGAGAAGGAGGAAGAGGAGAAGGAAGAGGAAGGAGCCGAGGACUCGUUUGAGGAGAAGGAGAUGGAGAAGCAGAAGCUGCUGUCGCAGCAGGCGCGGCUGCACACGCGCGGAGCGGCCGAGAUGGUGCUGCAGAUGAUCAGCGCCUGCAAGGGUGGCGGGGGGGCCAUGGUCUCCUCCACCCUCAAGCUGGGAAUCUCCAUCCUCAACGGGGGCAACGCCGACGUGCAGCAGAAAAUGCUCGAGUACCUCAAGUCCAAGCGCGAGGUCGGCUUCUUCCAGAGCGUGCAGGCGCUGAUGCAAACCUGCAGCGUGCUGGACCUGAACGCGUUCGAGCGGCAGAACAAGGCCGAGGGGCUGGGCAUGGUCACCGAGGAGGGCACCAUCAUCAGCCGGGAGAACGGGGAGAAGGUGAUGUCGGACGAUGAAUUCACCCAGGACCUGUUCCGGCUGCUGCAGCUGCUCUGCGAGGGCCACAACAACGAUUUCCAGAAUUACCUGAGGACGCAGACGGGGAACACGACCACCAUCAACAUCAUCAUCUGCACCGUGGAUUACCUGCUGCGCCUGCAGGAGUCCAUCAGUGACUUCUACUGGUACUACUCGGGCAAGGACGUCAUCGACGAGCAGGGCAAGAGGAACUUCUCCAAAGCCAUGGCCGUGGCCAAGCAGGUGUUCAACAGCCUGACCGAGUACAUCCAGGGCCCCUGUACUGGGAACCAGCAGAGCCUGGCCCACAGCCGCCUCUGGGACGCCGUGGUCGGGUUCCUGCACGUGUUCGCUCACAUGAUGAAGAAACUGGCACAGGACUCGUCGCAGCUGGGGCUGCUCAAGGAGCUGCUGGACCUGCAGAAGGACAUGGUGGUGAUGCUGCUGUCCCUGCUGGAAGGGAACGUGGUGAACGGCACCAUCGCCCGGCAGAUGGUGGACAUGCUGGUGGAGUCCUCCAGCAACGUCACCAUGAUCCUCAAGUUCUUCGACAUGUUCCUCAAGCUGCGCGACAUCGUCUCGUCCGACGCCUUCCGCCACUUCGUCACCGACCCGCGCGGCCUCAUCUCCAAGAAGGAUUUCCAGAAGGCCAUGGACAGCCAGAAGCAGUACGAGCCCGAGGAGAUCCAGUUCCUGCUCUCGUGCAGCGAGGCGGACGAGAACGAGAUGAUCGACGUGGAGAGCUUCGCGCAGCGCUUCCAGGAGCCGGCGCGCGACAUCGGCUUCAACGUGGCCGUGCUGCUGACCAACCUGUCGGAGCACGUGCCGCACGACCAGCGCCUCAAGACCUUCCUGGAGCAGGCCGAGAGCAUCCUGGAUUAUUUCCGGCCCUUCCUGGGGCGCAUCGAGAUCAUGGGGGCGGCGCGGCGCAUCGAGCGCAUCUACUUCGAGAUCAGCGGCGCCAACAAGGCGCAGUGGGAGAUGCCGCAGGUCAAGGAGUCCAAGCGCCAGUUCAUCUUCGACGUGGUGAACGAGGGGGGCGAGGCGGAGAAGAUGGAGCUGUUCGUCAACUUCUGCGAGGACACCAUCUUCGAGAUGCAGAUCGCCUCGCGCAUCUCCGAGGAGGAGGCGCCGCGCGACGAGGAGGAGGAGGAGGAGGAGGACAGGGAGGAGGAGGAGGCGGCGGAGGCGGCGGCGCCGGUUUCGGCGCUGCCGGGGCUCGGGGCGCUGCGCAGGGUUCUGGGCUCGCCGCAGACCUGGAGGAGGAGGAUGAGGAGGAUGAGGAAGAAGUCGGGGCGGGAGCUGGCGUGGGAGGCGGGGGCGGGCGUGGGGCGCGUGGCCGUUGGGGGGGUUUUGGGGGGCGUGGGGGUGCUGGCGGUUUUGGGGCGCCUGGUCUGGAGCUCGCUCUUCGGGGGGGGUCUGGUGGAAGGGGCGCAGCGUUUGGGGGUGAUGGAGGUGCUGGGCUCCAUGCCCGACCCCACCCAGGACGCUGUGGGUGGGGGGGAAGGAGGGCUCGGCGAUGAGGGGGGACCCCCGGAUGUGGGGCAGCCCCCCGAGGGGCAGCUGGAGGCGGCGGCGAUGAAGGCGGCGGCGCCGGCGGGGCCGGGGGCGGGGCGCAAGGAGCCCCAUUUCCGACUGGUAGCCCCCGAUGCUCCGGGGGGGCUCGGGGAUAUCGGGGAGCCCCCCGGGGCUGAGCCCCCCACCCCCGAGGGGACCCCCAUCCUGCGCAGGAAGAUCGGGGAAAUGGCAGAGCAGGUGGGGGAGGUGCAGAAGGAGGAGGAGCCCCCGGCCGAGACCGAGAAAGCCGACACAGAGAACGGCGAGAAGGGACCCGAGGGGCCCGAGGGGGGGGCGGAGCCCAGAGCCCCGCCCCCAAAGCGGCGCAAGUCGGUGCCCAGGGAGCGGCGGGAGCCCCCGGCCGAGGGGGGCUUCGACUUCUGGGGGGAGCUGGAGGUGCAGAGGGUCAAAUUCCUGAAUUACCUGUCGCGGAAUUUCUACAACCUGCGGUUCCUGGCGCUGUUCCUCGCCUUCGCCAUCAACUUCAUCCUGCUCUUCUACAAGGUGUCCGAGCACCCCCCGGGUGCCCCCGAGGAGCCCGAGGGCUCGGGGCUGGCCCCGGAGGAGGACGGGGGGGUCCCGGGGGGCGCGGAGCCGGCGGGGGGCGCGGAGGAGCCCGAGGUUUAUUAUUUCCUGGAGGAGAGCACGGGCUACAUGGGGCCGGCACUGCGGGGGCUGGCGCUGGCCCACACCCUGGUGGCCUUCCUGUGCAUCAUCGGCUACAACUGCCUCAAGAUCCCCCUGGUGAUUUUCAAGCGGGAGAAGGAGGUUGCCCGGCGCCUCGAGUUCUCGGGGCUCUACAUCACCGAGCAGCCGCCGGACGACGACGUCAAGGGACAGUGGGACCGGCUGGUGCUCAACGCCCAAUCCUUCCCCAGCAAUUACUGGGACAAGUUCAUCAAGAGGAAGGUGCUGGAGAAGUACGGGGACAUUUACGGGCGGGAAAGGAUCGCGGAGCUGCUGGGGAUGGACCUGGCCAGCCUGGAAAUGGGGGCGCAGGGGGAGCGCAGAGCCCCCCCCGACAGCUCCCUGCUCACCUGGAUCACAUCCAUCGACAUCCGCUACCAGAUCUGGAAAUUCGGGGUGAUCUUCACCGACAACUCCUUCCUCUACCUCACCUGGUACAUGGCCAUGUCCCUGCUGGGCCACUACAACAAUUUCUUCUUCGCCUCCCACCUGCUGGACAUCGCCAUGGGCGUCAAGACGCUGCGCACCAUCCUGUCCUCGGUCACCCACAACGGGAAACAGCUGGUGAUGACCGUGGGGCUGCUGGCCGUGGUGGUUUACCUCUACACCGUGGUUGCCUUCAACUUCUUCCGCAAGUUCUACAACAAGAGCGAGGAUGAGGACGAGCCGGACAUGAAGUGUGACGACAUGAUGACGUGUUACCUGUUCCACAUGUACGUGGGGGUCCGGGCCGGGGGAGGAAUCGGGGAUGAGAUCGAGGAUCCGGCGGGGGACGACUACGAGCUCUACAGGGUCGUGUUCGACAUCACCUUCUUCUUCUUCGUCAUCGUCAUCCUCCUGGCCAUCAUCCAGGGUCUGAUCAUCGACGCUUUUGGGGAGCUGCGUGACCAGCAGGAGCAGGUGAAGGAGGACAUGGAGACAAAGUGUUUCAUCUGUGGCAUCGGGAGCGAUUAUUUCGACACGACGCCCCACGGCUUCGAGACCCACACGCUGGAGGAGCACAACCUGGCCAACUACAUGUUUUUCCUGAUGUAUUUGAUCAACAAGGACGAGACGGAGCACACGGGGCAGGAAUCUUACGUGUGGAAGAUGUACCAGGAGCGCUGCUGGGAUUUCUUUCCCGCCGGCGAUUGCUUCCGCAAGCAAUACGAGGAUCAGCUGGGAUGAUUCCCAGAAAAUUCCCCAAAAUCCCUUCAAGUGCCUUUGAUUUCCCGCCCCCUCCCCAAUAAACGCUGCUGAGUGUCACUGGCUCGUUACUGACCCCCCAAAGCUGCUGAUAAUGACCCCAGAGCCUCGUUAAAGUACCUUUCCCCCCUCCCCAAAUAAACGCUGCCAAGUGUCGCUGCA